UAUUUUAUAAAUAAAAAAUGAUGUAAAUUGCUUUAUUCAACUACUUUCAUUAAUAAUAAUGUAUCCACCAAUAAGAUGAUUAUGAUAUUCCAAUCAAUUAAUUUUAUAGAUUAUAAAUACUAAAAUAUGAUAUGUCUAAUUGGUCAGUCCAAUAACCAUACAAUUUCUCUAUUUAUUGGGCCACGAGCCCGAUUUAGAAGAACAGUAUUAGGAGAGCCCAAUGACCUGCAAAUAAGGUUUGAGCACAACAAAUUAACUUCGGCCCAAUCGACAAGUUAUAAAUAACGAUUUAACCAUUUUAUUAAAGGUACGUUCUAUUAUCUGAACAAUUCUCCAAUUCGUAUCCUCUUAACUAUUUCUACUAUCCACACGUCUGACUUGAGCGUCAAAGGGAUUUUCGCCGGAUCAACCCACGGCCUCGUUCGCGUGCUCUUUGUUCGCGGGUAUCUCAGGACCAUCUAGCACGUGAGCAGUGAUCCACUUUGCUCUCCCAACUCCUUCUACCUCAACUACUUAAGGCGGUCUAUUUAUAGCAUCAUCAAAUAGAAAAGAACCAUUUUAUAGAGAAAUAUAAUCGUUACGAUUUACGAGAGAUAAACUUACUUUGUUCCAACAGGUAAAUCUUCAUCAUUCAUGUAUGUAUGUACAUACAAAACAUAAAUAUCCAAGUAAAUUAUCAUGGACUUGGCCUAAAAAAUUAUACAUGAUGCGAUCAAGUCAAAGUCAAGUCAUCAAAUUGAAGACAAGAGCUUGUGUUGAUUUAUUCUUUCUUCAUACAAACUUCUACUAUGAGUCGUCUCUAAUAUUUAUGUGUCCUUCCCCUCUCCUUUUUUUCUACAUACAAAUGUGUAUAUAUAAAUAGACAUACCACAUUGCAUUAUGCUAUACACAAACUUCUUAUCCAAUUCUUAGUAUAACUUCUUGAUACAUAGUUAUGGCACUUAAACAAUUUAAUCUCCUAUCAUUCAUUUUCAUUCUUGCCCUAAUUUCCCUCUCUCCUAUUGGCCAAUCCAAGAGUGAUACACCAAGUGAUAAAAAACCAUCACCUUUUGAGUUCAUCAAAACCCUACAAGGUUGUCACAAGGGCAACAAAACCAAAGAUAUCCACCACCUCAAAAACUAUCUCCAUCAAUUUGGCUAUCUCCAAUACCCAAAUGAAACCCACGCCAACAACGAUGAUUUCGACGAAACCCUAGAGUCCGCCGUCAAAACCUACCAGCGAAACUACCAUAUUAACCCCACGGGCACAUUAGAUGCCACAACGGUAUCGAAAAUGACCACCCCACGAUGCGGGGUCCCUGACAUCAUCGACGGUAAAAACACCAUGCAGAAGCAUGGGACAAAAGAACACGAAUCGAACUCGAGCAGCAAACAUAUCCAUACGGUAUCUCACUACUCUUUCUUUCAAGGAAACCCUAGAUGGCCGCCUUCCAAAACCCAUCUAACUUAUAGGUUUUUGCCAAACACCCCCGGGGCGGCAGUGGGUCCCGUUUCUCGGGCCUUUCAAAAAUGGGCCUCCUCCACCCAUUUCACCUUUUCGCUGGCCCAGAGUUCCGCAGAUCUGGUGAUAGGGUUUCACCGUGGGGACCACGGGGACGGAAACCCGUUCGACGGACGCGGCGGAACCCUAGCCCAUGCUUUUGCUCCGACCAAUGGGAGAUUCCAUUACGAUGCGGACGAGCAGUGGUCCGUUGGGCCUGUCCAAGAUGCUUUCGACUUGGAAACGGUGGCGCUACAUGAAAUUGGGCACCUUCUUGGGCUUGGUCAUAGCUCGGUCGAGGCUGCCAUUAUGUACUCCGGAAUUGGGGCCGGAGUGACAAAGGGCUUGCAUGCAGAUGAUAUUCAAGGAAUUAGAGCUUUAUAUAAUAUCUGAAAUAUUAUUGCGUAUGGUUUGAUUGAAUUAAAAGACACGUCAUCUAUCUCUAUAAAUGUAACAAAAUGUUUCUUUUGUUCGGAAUAAUGUAUUAGUGUGCUACUUAAGGAUUUUUUUUUUACCUUUCUAAUAUUAAUGAAUAAAAUAAACUUUAUAAUAAUUUGUGUAUUUGUUUUCCCAUUGUUCUGAAACAUUAAUAUAUACAUAUUUUUGUAUUUA